GUUGUCGCUCCAUUUGGCCGAGUCCGUCCGCGGUCCUAUCGCUUCGCUUCACGAGCAAGCGCCAACGAAUUUGGAUCCGAUUCUCCUCCUCCUUCUUCUUCUUUCCCCUCUUCUAUCACUUCGCCUGAUCGCUGGGCCACAAAAUCUCUCUCUGUCUCUCUGUCUCACUCCAUUGUCUGGAGCUUCCAUCGGCUUCAUUGCGCAAUCGCAUUCCCCCCCAGGUUGAACCAAGGUUGAACCAAACACUAUGGAGCGGCUCAGUUCUUCAGCGAAGCUCAUGGUUGUUUCAGAUCUUGAUCAUACGAUGGUUGACCACCAUGACCAUGAGAACAUGUCCCUGCUCCGAUUCAAUGCUUUAUGGGAAUCCAGCUACCGUCAUGAUUCCCUCUUAGUUUUCUCAACUGGAAGGUCGCCCACCCUGUAUAAACAGCUGAGAAAAGAGAAGCCCAUGUUGACUCCAGACAUCACCAUAAUGUCCGUUGGGACUGAGAUAACCUAUGGUAACUCCAUGGUUCCAGAUAGUGGUUGGGAAGAAAUUUUAAAUCAGAAUUGGGACCAAAAUAUUGUAAAAGAGGAAGCGAGCAAGUUUCCUGAACUUACUCUUCAGUCGGAAACAGAACAAAGACCGCACAAGGUUAGCUUCUAUGUUGACAAAAGCAAGGCUCAGGAUGUGACAAAGAAGCUUUCAGAGCUUUUGACAAAACAAGGGUUGGAUGUCAAAAUUAUCUACAGUGGAGGAAUGGAUUUGGACAUACUAGCACAAGGUGCUGGGAAAGGACAAGCUCUUGCAUACUUGCUAAAAAAGUUCAAGGCAGAAGGAAAGCUUCCCACUAAUACCCUUGUUUGUGGUGAUUCUGGAAAUGAUGCUGAACUAUUCAGCAUUCCAGAUGUGUAUGGUGUCAUGGUGAGCAAUGCUCAAGAAGAAUUGUUGCAGUGGCAUGCUGAAAAUGCCAAAGACAACCCUAAAAUCAUUCAUGCCACAGAAAGGUGUGCUUCUGGGAUCAUUCAGGCUAUCGGUCAUUUUGGACUCGGUCCAAAUACAUCUGCAAGGGAUGAGGCAGACCUUUCCGGCUGUAAAAAGGAAAAUCUCAGUCCUGGUGGUGAAGUAGUGAGAUUUUAUUUACUACAUGAAAAAUGGAGACGUGGAGAAAUGGAGAACUCUGAGAGUUACAUCACAACUCUGGAAGCAGUUUGUCAACCACCUGGGGUUUUUGUCCAUCCAUCUGGGGUUGAGCAGUCCUUUCGCGAAUGCAUAAGUGCACUGAAGGGGAACCAUGGAGACCAACAGGGGAAACAAUAUCGAGUUUGGGUAGAUCAAGUAUUUCCUACAAAGAUUGGUUCAGACACCUGGCUAGUGAAGUUUCAAAAGUGGGAGAUGCAUGGCGAGGAGCAGCAGAGUUGCUUGUGCUCCGCCGUAUUGGUUACAAAGGAUGCUGACGGUUCGGAUGGAUGGACCUGGCGACAUUUGCAUCAGACUUGGUCAUCAGUAGCAGGAGCGAAAGAUCAUCUGUCCUGGCUUUUGUGAAAGCUUUAAAUACGUAACAAGUUUAUAGUGUGAUGAUUGACUCAAGUAUUAUUAUUAUGCUUUGAUAAUUGAUGUACGAUCCCACAAUGAAGAUGGCUAAAUACAUGAUUUCAUCUACGAGGAAAA